UGUAACAACAGUGGAAGCAAAGGUAUUUCAGGCUUGACAGUGUGCCAAGGACAAAAAUCGAUUGCAGGAAAAGUUUCUGCCCCGGCUUGAUGCCGGAUUGCUUUUCUUUCCCCGUCGUUAAAGACCUCGAAUGGAAUGGGUGGCGGGGCCGGGGUCCCGUUGCUGCCCCGGCGCGGCGCUGGCGGCGGGGUGCGUGAAGCCGGCCGCCCCGUCAGUCGGGGGAAGCGGCGUGGUGCCAGCCUGGGCUGGUUUCUGCGAUUACGUCCCUGCGGGCGUGUCAAGUUAAAACCCCGCACGGGAGCGGUGCGGCGCAGGCAAAUGCGAGCGGAGCCGAGCCGGAGCGGUCGUGGCGUCGGCUGAGAAGAGAUGGCCUUGGCGUGUCCCCCCGCGGCCCCCACGCAGCCCGCCUUGCCCUCCGGCCCUGCUGUCUUCAAAACCUUCCCCUACGUAUUCAUCCUACCGGAGAUCUUCUGCGGGGCCUGGGUGUGGAUCCUCGUCGCUGCUACCUCCGUCUCCUUCUCACUGCUGCAGGGAUGGGUGAUGUACGUGUCCAUCAGCUCCUGCCUCGUCUCCCUGCUGCUCCUCUUAAGCUACCUCUUCGGCUUUCACAAAAACAGCGAGAACUGGAAAGCGCUGGACAAUUUGUACCACAGCGCCACGGCCAUUCUGUACAUGAGCGCUGCUGUCUUGCAAGCCAACGCGACCAUCAGGUCUGAGUCUGAACGCAGCUCGCCGACUUAUUACCAGCUCAACAGCGCUGCCUCGUUCUUCGCCUUCAUCACGACCUUCCUGUACAUCCUCCACGCCUUCAGCAUCUACUACAAGUGAGCGCGGCAGCGCCUGCUUUGCCUCCGCAAGACGAGGGCUUUCCCAGCGCGAGCGGUGCCGCUGUCUUCCACCAAGGUGUCCCUGCCCCGGCCCUGUCAUCCACCCCGUGGGGACAGGGGCUGCUUUUUCACUUCGUUGAAGGAGGGAUUUUUGGAUGGCGGUGUCGGAUCAGUGCGCUUGAGGGGAUGCUUUGUGCCUUGCCCGCGGGCUACGCGAGGGGAGGGACUGGGUGCAGGCUCUGAGCCAGCCUCCCACUCCGACGUUCUGCCAAAUAUAGACCGAGGAAAGGGGGAAAAAAAAAGAAAAAAAAAAAAAUCACUGUUCCUUCAGCAAAAAAUUUCCUUUGUUAUAUUGUUUUCCCGGUUCGGCUAGAUCACUCCCCAACACAUAAAUUCAUAACAAUGAUACAAUAGUGUGUUCCUUGACUUUCAGCUAAUUUAAUUUGGUAUUUGCAGUACUUACAAUAAAGCGACUACCAACAGUGUCUGACCAAA